AUGGAGUAUAAUCUCAGAAUCCAUUAUGAAAACCCAUCAAGUUUCUCGAAUUUCAUACGAAAAUUUACAGCUUCGGUGCAGGAACCGAAUGCAGGUAGCUCGGAGAAAGUAUUAGCUAUAGUAGAUGAGAUUUCCGGGAUGACAUUGCUGGAAAUAUCAAAUUUGCCGGAAGUUUUGAGGAAGAAAAUGGGGAUUGAAGAAAUGCUCAUGAUGGCGAUGAUGAUGCCUGGGAUGGGGUUUGGCCCAGGAAUGGCAGGGCCAAAGGGGAUGGCCAGUGGGGCUGGUCCGAAAGAGGAGGAAAAGAAAGAGAAGACAUCGUUUGAUUUGAAACUCGAGGGGGGAUUUGAUGCGUCGCCAAGAUCAAGAUUAUUAAGGAAGUGCGGGCAUGCAUGGAUUUUGGGUUGA